AUGCAGUACAGUCGGUUGUCGCCAGUGUUCGUCCUUCUACUCAUGCUCAGUAUAGCGCUCUACUACAAUGUGCAGGUAAAUGCCACAACGGACGCCCAGCAAAAACUUCCGAAGACGGGGAAUCUUGUAUCCAACUUCAAGGUACCAAAAGCAUCGGACAGCAAGAAAGCUCCAAAAAGUACGAAGGGCGGUUGCCAGCCUCAUCUGAACGUGGCGUUUCUGAAGGUCCACAAGUGCGCCUCAACUACGGUCUCACACGUGAUCUUCAGGUUCGGCCACGAGCACGACCUACUCGUCGCUCUGCCGGCUAAAACCGACUGCGACAUUAUCGGGCACUUUGGAGUCAUACGGGAUGAAGAUUAUGAACCGCCCCCUGGCGGAAGACGCUGGAACCUCUUCACUCACCACGCCAUGUACAACAGGAGCCGCUUCCGCCAGCUCAUGGAUCCAGAUACAAGGUACAUAACCAUUCUCAGAGAUCCACUACAGCGGCUACAGUCUGCCUUCCAGUACCACAAAUUCGAAACCAGGUUUCCUGGUAUGAAAAAAGAAACGGCCAACGGCACCGCCUACAUCACAACUUACCUGAAGAAGCCAAGUUUCUGGGACCUGCAGUUCAUUCCACACGAGAACAUCAUAGACAGGGAGAACUUCUGCUUCAGAAACUGCAUGUCGCGAGACCUAGGGCUUCAAAAGAAAGACUACGAUAACCACACUGCUGUACAAGCGUUUGUACAAGGCAUUGAGAACGAUUUUACCACCGUGAUGAUCAUGGAAUAUCUUCCGGAGUCGCUAGUCCUGCUGAAACGGCGAAUGUGUUGGACCCUGCGAGAUAUCCUUUACGAUUCUUCCUCCUGGGUGAAGAAAAGCACGUACUCGCUACAGUCGGUUUUCACACGAGAGAUGGUAGAAAACUUCGAGAGGCACAACCACGCCGAUGUCGUGCUGUACGCUCGCUUUAAAGAACUUUUUCUUAAGCAGAUCAAAGAAGAAGGCGUCGGCUUUAAAGAAGAGGUGAAACAUUUCAAACGCGUCAACGACAAGGAAAAGUAG